AUGGAAUCGCUGGCCGAGCAGACGUGGGAUGUCAUACUCCACGGCACUGGCCUGCAGCAGUCGCUGCUAGCCUUAGCCCUCUCGCGGUCAGGAAAGCAAAUUCUGCACCUCGAUCCCAACGAGUACUAUGGCGGCCCCGAAGCCGCCUUCAGUUUGCAAGAGAUAGAAGAGUGGGCGACUGCGAACGCUGCUCCCGCCGACGAUGUCGCCGGAUCACCGCGCGUCUUCUCGUCAGUGACGGUGAGCAAGCCCGAGGUAGCAACGGGUUCCGGACCUUCACUCUCUUUCCCGAGAGCCUACUCUCUCGCUCUCGCGCCGCAGAUCAUACACACCCGCUCAGAGCUGGUGAAGCAACUCGUAUCGUCGCGCGCGUUCCGACAGAUCGAGUUUCUCGCCGUUGGGUCCUUCUUCAUCUACACCCCACCAGCUACCGGUAGCGGGAUCGAAGCCGGAAAACCGAGCCUUGUGCCGAUCCCCUCAACCCGCGAAGCCGUCUUCUCCACAACUGCUAUCCCCGGAAGGGCGAAGCGGUCGCUGAUGAAGUUCCUCAAGUUCGUCUUCGACUACAACUCGGAAGACAACAAGGGUAUAUGGGCUCCACAUGCCGACAAGCCUCUGUCGGAGUUCCUGUCGUCGGACUUCAAGCUGGACACCGCUCUGCAGACCUACGUCGUCACGCUUACCUUGAGUCUGGACGGCAAGGUCACAACCACGGACGGCUUGGCCGCUAUCCACAGGCACCUCUCCUCCAUGGGCGCCUUCGGGCCAGGCUUCGCUGCUGUGUACCCCAAAUGGGGCGGUCUCUCUGAGAUCGCGCAAGUCGGUUGCCGCGCUUGCGCCGUCGGCGGCGCAGUCUACAUGCUAGGCACGGGCACGAAAGCUACGCGCCAGCUCGACGAAGCCCAGGAAGAUUGCGCUCGCUUCGAGGUCGACUUAACCAGCGACGUCACGGUGAAAUCCCGGACGUUCGUUCGCGGCGCUGAGGGGAUUACCUCCGGCGGCCAGCGUGUGAGCAGGUUGACUGCAGUCGUCAACUCGCCGCUCUCGUCUUUGUUCGAGGCUGUUGGCGAAGGAUCGCCUACACCAGCUGUAGCAGUCAUUGCAUUCCCGGCCAACUCCAUCGCCAAUGUUGCAUCAGCAUUCCCCAUUUACGUCUUUGCUCAUUCGAGCGAGACUGGGGAGUGUCCAACCGGACAGAGCGUUCUCUACUUUGUCACUCCAACGACACCAACCUCAGCCGAAGCCUUGGAAAAGGCUUUGGCUUCGUUGCUUUCUGCCCUCGGCGAUGGCGAACACAAGCCACAGGCGAUCUACAAGGUCGCAUACCAACAGGCACACGCGGCUGCGUCAAGUUCCGCAGAUGCAUCAGACGUCCUUCCCAGCCUGCCGCUCGAUCUUGCCUUCAGCGACACGGCUCUGGAGCCGGUCAAGGAUGCCUGGACGAAAGUCAUGGGUCCGGCGGCCGAGGAUCCCGACAUUAUCUACAUGAAGUUCGAGGAUCGGGAAGGAGUUGGCGAUGAGGAGGAUGUCUACGAAUAG